AUGGCCACGCCUCCCGCUCUCCGCGCCAUCGCCACCACCAUUGGCGCCGCAGCUUCCCUGAACCACAUACACACAGAGUUUCUGUUUCUGUCCGCAAUGGACUUCCACGAGCGCGCACGCCUUCAGAGGCACCAGGCAAUCCCUGUGACUGUCACCGAAGAACGACAGCUUCCCAGGCAGCAUGUGGAAGCCUAUCUUUGGGCAGAUUUUGGACCAGCUGCUGGUAGCAGCGUUCAGGCUGCUUGCUGGAGGGGACCUCACAGCGGCAAGUCCAGUAAUUGCUCUACGCGUGUUCACCUGCAAGCUUACAGCACUCAGCAUCUGGCGGGGAUUCCGGACCUCUUUCCGAUGCUGCUUCCCGAGGCUGUGUGGAAGCCUGUCUUUGGACAGGCCCUGGAUCAACUGCUUGUGGCAGCGUUCAGGCUCCUUGCCGGAGGAGACCUUACGGCUGCAAGUCCCAAGCGCGUUGGCAAGACGGUGGUCGAGGAAGUUAAGAGGCGCUUGAAUGCGCAGCUGGCCAAGAGCUGGGCCAAGCUGUGCAUUGAUCCAGGCUCGUAUGGCGAGGCGGAGAUCAUGAGGGCGGUGACGGGUGCACUUCCGGCUGUCACCGCCGCCACCAACGAGGCCCUGAAGACCACAAUCCGCAACCCCACGCCCAUGUGCCCCGCGACCGCGCUCUCCCGCCCAGCCCUCGGCCCCCACAGCGGCAUCACCACCUUGAGUGGAGUUCUUCGGUUUCCUGUUUUUAGUUUAGUAUUUUACUGGGAAGGACGGAGGCAAAGUUAG